GAGAGAGAGAACAAGGCUGAUAAGGAGAGAAAUUUGUCUUGCAAAUGGGACUAUGGGGCCACUUGGUCUACCUCUUCUUUUCCACAUUUUGGUUAGAGAGUUAGUUUUAACAGAGUGAAAGAAAAUAAAAUGUGAUGCUCAUGGGCAACCUACAGUCAGCCACAGUGUCGGGAUGAGGGAGUGUGAGACUGAGCCGGAAGGGGGAGAUAGACCCCUCUAAAAGAGACCAAUUCUUCUUCCCCAGCUACUUCUGCCAGGUAGAAAUUUAGGCCUGACAUGGAUGGAUAAUGUGAUUUUUCAAGAGAAGCUGAGUAUUGAUAUUUUUGUAGAAAAACAUGGGAUUCUUGAACACUGGCAGCUGGUUCAAAUGUUCUUCAAUGUUUUUUCCAGCUAAAACAGACCUAAACAAAAUCAGGUCUGCAAGCUGUAGAUGUAGUUACAGUCCCAAAUGCUUUAUUAAGUGGCCAGGGCUGUAAGUCACCUGAACUUAUCAAGCCCAGCAUCUUCCCUCAGACUCCCUGGAUUAGGAAACUGCAGAGAUUUCAGGCCCCCCCGGGGGGGAGGGCAGGGCCUUAGAUCUGGAAUCAGAGUAUCUGGGCUGGGGCAGGGUGCCUGCACUUUUUCAAAGCUCUGUAGGUAUCUCUUAUGGGCAGCCAAGUUCACUCCGAGAGAAAAUUUCCUAACUUGCCUCAUGGUCAGAGUUCCCCCGAACUGCUGAUAAAAACACAGCUUCCCAGUCCUAUUUCCUGGUGAUGCUGAGUCAGUGAGCCUGGGCUGGGGCCUGGGACGUUUUUAAAGACAUUCUUGUCCAGGAAGUCUGGAAAAUCUUUGUACUUGCCCUCCUGAAGCUCACUGAUGGAAACACUUGCUCAGAGCCACAGGCCAGCGUCCCCAGCCCACAGCCAGGGACUCCAGGAGAAGGCUCUUUGGGUCCUGCCCUUUGGGACAGCUGUGGGUCAUGUGACGCCUGUAGGAGUAGGCACGUGGCUGGUGUGUGCAGGGUGCUCCACAUACCCAUGACACACAGGACGCGGAGAGGAUGAGUUUGGCUCCACAGUGAGGCUAGGGAAACCUCCAGCUUUGGCCCAGCUUCCCUUCAGCUUUGGCAGGCAGCCCAGAGUCCUGGUGGGACAUCUGCAGGGCACCAGACAUUGCUGUGGGCCUGAGGAGUCCCUGUUGUGACCAGUUAGGAUCCAAGAGCUGGGCAUAAACCCAGCAGGUCUUUGAGGCACCUGGGGCUAGCAGAAACCCCGGGCUGUUGGGUUUUUUAACCGUUUCUCAGAGCCUGGGGAUUUCAGAGGAAACUGAGGCUCUCUCUCAGACAAACUGCUGGGAAAACAGCAGAAUAUUUUGAAUUUUGAAGAGACAAAAACCAUUCAGAAAAUGUGCACUUAUGUCUCAGCUCUGCCAAGCUCACUGUGUGCCUUUAGACCUGUCUUUCUGCCUCUUGGAGACUUCUUUCCUUUACUUUCUCACCUAGGAGACAAUUUAGGUGUUUGCCACAGUGGUGGCAAACAGAUGGCACAUGUGCCACAGCAGGCUACUCAUAUCAUUGGAAGCUCUAAAAGGUUCACCAUCACGGGUCUGGGAGAUCUUUCUAUAGGUGUCUCAGCCUGGUGUCUGUAACCUAAGGGGCCUUGAAUUUCAGGGAUCUAUAAACUUGAAUCAAAAAUAUUACAUCUCUAAUUUUCCUUUUUCUUUUUUUUUUUUUCUCUCUUUUUUUAGACAAGGUUUCUAAAACUGAGAAACAGUUCAUCCACUCCUCACACAACCUCAAGAAUAAGUUCCAGUGUAUCUCCAUUCUGCAGAUUCAGUCCUUUGUAGUUUAGACUGGACUUGAAUUCACUUUGUAGUCCAGGCUGGUCUUGAAUGCAAAGCGAUCCUCCUGCCUCAGCCUCCCAAGUGCUGGAAUAUUUUGGGCAAGAUCUCGCUAUGCAGUUCAGGCCGGCCUCAAACUUACAGAAAUCCUCCUGCCUCUGCCUCCCAAAUGCUGUGAUCACAGGUGUGUGCCAUCACACCCAGCUCUAAUUUUUCUAAUCUCCAGGUGAAACUCAUUAUUUCCUUCAAUUAUGCAUAUUUCCAAUAAGUCUCAAUAGCUUUAGCAGCAUCUGUGAUUUUUUUCUGUCAGUAAGGGGAAAAAACCAUUCAUCUUCUCUCAUUACAGUUGCAGGUAACUCAAGACACACACUCAUCAGUACUUCAAAAUCACCACAGUUACCAAGUUUCCCAUUAGGCCUUAUUUAGUGAAUUAAUAAAGGACUGAGUAAUUUCAUACUCUGUUCUCCCUACCUGCCCCCAUACUGGGACGCUUUAAUUGCUGAGCUACAUCCUCAGCCCUUUUUAUUUAAUUUUGAGACAGUCCCGCUAAGUUGCUUAGGCUGGUGUCAAACUUGCAGUCCUCCUCCUGCAGCCUCAGAUAAGCAGAGCUUACAGGCCAUGAGACACUGCAGCCAGCUAGCUCUUGCAUCUAAAAGAAACGAAAGCUGCUCCUUUGAAGUGGUAAGUUCAGAAGUCUGGGAGUCCCCUCCCCACUUCACCUCCCCUAUUCUCUAUCUCCCAAUCCCAGGAGACUUGGAGACACCUGCAGCAUCCUCAGGCAGGUGACAGCGUGUUUUAUAGUAGCAAUUAUAACCAUCAUCUUGGCCUCCUGGUUCAACCAGUGGGCCAGGCACUAAGUGGAGAAACUCAGUUCAUCCACUCCUCACACAGCCCCAGGAGUAAGUUCUAUUAUUCCGCAAAUUCAGUCAACAAAUAUCUCCACUUACAGCACAUAAAAUCAUCAACAAAGAAAAUAAAGACCUUUGCCUUUCUAGAGUUUAUACUGGAAGGAAGGGAAGAAAACAAAUGGAAAACAUAAUUAAAAUCUUGUAUCAAAGUACUGGGGAUGGGGAGGUCAGCACUUUCUCACCCAGAAGUCAGUCUGGAGCCCAUUCAAAUAGGUGAAGUUAGCCCAUGGGAAAUUGAGAGGAGUGCUUGGAGCAGGAAUGGGGGUAAAAACCCUUAAAGCAUGAACCUACUGGGCUGUCCUGGAUCCUCAAGGAGCCAUGGCUGCAGACAGAGAUGCAGGAAGCAAGGCUGCUGCCAUCCUCUCCCUGGGCUUCCUGCACCACUACCAGAAUCCAUCACUCUAAUGAGGUGGGAGCUCUGUUCAGGUUCUGAACAGAGGAUGACCUUGGUCAUCAGAUCAAGAGCUUAAGGAAUCCUGGCUGCAGUGCUAGAAACUGCCUCUUGAACGUUUCCCAGGGCAGAUGGUGGGGUACCUGAGAAGUCACCAGAGAUGAAAUGGCAGAGUUAGUGGACACCCAGCAGGACCAGAGUCCACACAUCCUUGGCCCAGGGCCCUCACAGCUACUCUCAGGUCCCAUGGUCAUGGUUUUCUCUCUCCCAGCAGAAUCUGCAACUGACAGCCUGAUGUCAUUGGAUGUUGUGCACCCAGUGCGUGUGGACGCAACCGGCACCUUCCUGUCGUUUGAGCUCUGGCCACACACUGUGCAGAAGCGGGCAGCACCAGAUUCAGAUUUAGAUUCAGGGCCUGCACCUCGUGCUAUGCCCACCUUCUUCCAGCUGCGCUACCGUGGGCGGGAGCUGCGCUUCAAUCUCUCAGCCAAUUCGAGGCUGCUGGCACCAGGCUUUGUUCUCGAAACUCGUCGCUUGGGUGGCCUGGGCCACACACACAUCCGACCACACAAGCCUGCCUGCCACCUGCUAGGCCGUGUACAGGACACACAGCUUGAGGGCGGCCGAGCAGCCAUCAGUGCCUGCGAUGGGUUGAAAGGAGUUUUUUGGCUGUCCAACGAGGACUACUUCAUUGAGCCCCUAGACAAGGCUCCAAAGCAGCCCAACCAUGCAUGGCCCCAUGUGGUAUACAAGUACCAGACCCCUGAGAGGUGGGCAGAGCAAGGUGAUAUCCAGGCUUCACGCACCUGUGGGGUACAAGUGUCCCCAGAGCUGGAGCGUCAACAAGAGGACCGGGAGCAGCCACAACCGGGAAAGCAACAACGGCAAAAGCGUUUGUACCAUGGCUCGGUCAGCGAGGAGAAGUGGGUAGAAACCUUGGUGGUGGCUGACACUAAAAUGGUGGAAUACCACGGGCAGCCACAAGUGGAGAACUACGUGCUGACCAUCAUGAAUAUGGUGGCUGGCCUGUUUCAUGACCCCAGCAUUGGGAACCCAAUCCACAUCACCAUUGUGCGCCUGAUCCUGCUGGAAGAUGAAGAGAAGGACUUAAAGAUCACACACCAUGCAGACAACACCCUGAGAAGCUUCUGCAAAUGGCAGAGGAACAUCAACAUGAAGGGGGAUGCCCACCCCCAGCACCAUGACACGGCCAUCCUGCUCACAAGGAAGGACUUGUGUUUAGCCAUGAACCAGCCCUGUGAGACCCUGGGCCUGUCCCAUGUGGGAGGCAUGUGCCAGCUGAACCACAGCUGUAGCAUCAAUGAGGACACGGGCCUGCCACUGGCCUUCACCGUGGCCCACGAGCUUGGGCACAGUUUUGGCAUUCAUCAUGACGGAAGCGGCAAUGACUGUGAGCCUGUUGGGAAACUGCAUUUCAUCAUGUCUCCACAGCUCCUGUACGACUCUGCCCCGCUCACCUGGUCCCGCUGCAGCAGCGAGUACAUCACCAGGUUCCUCGACCGUGGGUGGGGCACAUGCCUGGAUGACUCUCCAACCACCGACGUCAUUGACUUCCCUUCCGUGCCGCCCGGGGUCCUGUACGACGUGGACCACCAGUGUCGCCUCCAGUAUGGUGCCAACUCCAUCUUCUGCGAGGGUGUGGAUAAUGUCUGCCACACGCUCUGGUGCUCUGUGGGGAUGACCUGUCACUCCAAGUUGGACCCUGCUGUGGACGGCACCAAGUGUGGGCCUGGCAAGUGGUGUUUCAAUGGGGACUGCGUCCCUAUGGGUUUCCGACCUGAGCCAGUGGAUGGCAGCUGGUCCGACUGGAGCGCCUGGUCUGUCUGCUCACGGAGCUGUGGCAUGGGUGUGCAGAGUGCUGAGCGGUGGUGCACACAGCCUGAGCCCAAGUACAAGGGCAGGUUCUGCUUGGGCGAGCGCAGGCGCAUACGCCUCUGCAACCUGCAGGCCUGCCCACCCGGCCAGCCUUCCUUCCGCCAUGUCCAGUGCAGCCACUUCGACUCCAAGCCCUAUAAAGGCCAACUGCACACGUGGGUACCCGUGUUCGACUAUGGGAACCCCUGUGAGCUGAACUGCCGACCCUCCACUGAGCACUUUUCUGAGAAGCUGCGGGACGCCGUGGUCGAUGGCACUCCCUGCUAUCAGGACCAGACCAUCCGUGACCUCUGCAUCAAUGGAAUCUGCAAGAGUGUGGGCUGUGACUUCGAGAUUGACUCGGGUGCCAUGGAGGACCGCUGUGGAGUGUGCCGUGGCAAUGGCUCCACCUGCCACACCGUGAGCGGCAUCUUCGAGGAGGCCGAGGGCCAGGGGUACAUAGACGUGGGGCUGAUUCCUAUGGGCGCACGCGAUAUCCACGUUGAGGAGGUGGCCGACGCUGGCAACUUCCUGGCCCUGCGCAGCAGUGAGGACCCAGACAAGUACUUCCUCAACGGUGGCUGGACUAUCCAGUGGAAUGGGGACUACCAUGUAGCGGGCACCACUUUCACCUACACCCGCACAGGCAACCGAGAGAACCUCACAUCCCCAGGCCCCACCCGGGAGCCUGUCUGGAUCCAGCUGCUGUUCCAGGAGCACAACCCUGGAGUGCGCUACGAGUACACAAUCCACAGAGAAACCGAGAACCUCAGUGCAAUGCCACUGCCCAAGUUUUCCUGGCACCACGGGCCCUGGAGCGAGUGCACAGCCACCUGUGGCACAGGCAUGCAGAGGCAGAUUGUGUACUGUGCAGAGCAGCAGGCAGAGCUUGUGGACGAGAGACAUUGUGAUCCCCUGACCCGGCCCGAUGACAACCACAGGACCUGCAACGAGGAGCCCUGCCCCGCCCGGUGGUGGACUGGGGAGUGGCAGCACUGUUCCCGCUCCUGUGGGUCCAAGGGCAUCUCCCGCCGGGCGGUGCUCUGCCUCCAGAGCGUGGGGAUGGAGGAGCAGAGUGCUCUGGACUUGUCCGCCUGUGAGCACCUUCCCCGGCCCCCAGCUGAAACCCCCUGUAACCCCAAUGUGCCAUGCCCAGCCACCUGGGCUGUGGGCAACUGGUCUCAGUGCUCGGUGACAUGCGGAAAUGGCACUCAACAGCGAAUUACUGUCUGUACCAAUGACACGGGCCUUCCCUGUGAUGAGGCCAACCGGCCAGCAACCAAGGCCCUCUGCACCCUGCAGCCCUGCCUGAAUUUUCUGGCCCCCGAGGCCUCCGGCAGUGGUGCCUCCAGCCCUGAGCUCUUCAAUGAGGUUGACUUCAUCUCAGACUCACUGGCCACACGGCCCCUACCCAACUCCACACCUGAGUUGGAUAGCAUCAGCAAUCACAUCGAGGACCUGAAUCCACCUGAGCCUCAGUGGGUGGAUGAUUUCUACUACGACUACAACUUCAUCACCUUUCAUGAAGACCUAUCUUAUGGCACCCUUGAGGAGCCCAGCCCAGACCCAGUGGGCACAGAACCACCAAUGCCCCCAUCCCAGAGCAGUCCUUCUAAGUACCCCGUGGAGGCCCCCAGAGCCAAGGAGGGGGCCGAGCAGGGGGCUAGCAACCCCCCUCCCUUGCAGCAGCUCCCCAAGAGCCCAGCAGUCCCUUCCCUGCCUGAAGAUGUCCUCAUGGGUGCCCCUGAUCUUGGGCUCCCUAUUUCAGUCAAAAGCACAGAGACACCCUCUACUCCUGAAAGCCCCAACGAGCUCCCAGUGAGAGAGGACAGUAAGACCUGGCCACUCCCUCCACAGUGGGAUGGGGCCAAUGACAUCUCCAAGGACAGUGAGGAGACUGCAGAUCGCAGAGCACCCCAUCUGCCCCAAGGCCCUGGCCCCAUGCAGUUCCCUUGGCCCCCUGUCCACCCCACCCCUAUCUUUCCUGAUCCUGACAUGGUACUGCUGUGGACAAGGACCAUAUCCUGGGACCCUGCGCCUGAGAGGGACCCACACAGCGAGAUGUGGCCCACAGCAGGGGUGGCUGUUUCCUCUCCUCUUCCCACCUCCCCUGUGCCCAGGAACUGGGACCAGGACAGCCCCACAAACCCACCCGCCGGGAAUGCCAGCUGGCAAGUGGGAAACUGGAGCCAGUGCUCCACUACCUGUGGCCUGGGUGCUGUCUGGAGGGCCGUAUAUUGCAGCUCUGGCCGGGAUGAGGACUGUGCCCCUGCUGGACGGCCCCAGCCUGCUCGCCACUGCCACCUGCGGCCCUGUGCUGCCUGGUACACGGGCAACUGGAGUAAGUGUUCCCGCAGCUGUGGUGGAGGCUCUGCAGUGCGGGACGUGCACUGUGUGGACACACAGGAUCUUCGGCCACUGAGGCCAUUCCAUUGCCAGCCUGGGCCCACUAAGCCACCUGCUCGCCAGCCCUGUGGGACCCAGCCCUGCCUCAGCUGGUACACCUCCUCCUGGAGAGAGUGCUCUGAAGCCUGUGGCGGUGGUGAGCAGCAGCGGCUGGUGACUUGCCCAGAGCCAGGCCUCUGUGAAGAGGCACUAAGACCCAACGCCACUCAGCCCUGCAACACCCACCCCUGCACACAGUGGGUGGUGGGGCCCUGGGGCCAGUGCUCAGCACCUUGUAGAGGUGGUAUCCAGCGGCGCCUGGUCAAGUGUGUCAAUGUGCGGACAGGACUUCGUGAGGAAGACAGCAAUCAGUGCAGCCAUGAGGCCAGGCCUGAGGGCUCCCGGCUAUGCAGCGCAGAGGACUGUGAAGCCACUGAGCCUCCACGUCCUUGGCCUAGCACCUCCACCUGAGGAUCAAGCCCACAGGUGCAGCUGCACAGAUACAGAAAGACAAUGGUCUCUGAGAGUCGGCAUAGCAAUCGGAAGUGGCAUGAAACUGACAUCCUAUCAUCCACCGGGGCUGUUGUAUAACCUGGUUCAUCUAUACAAGCAAAUGCUGUACAGUUACAAAACGUGUGUCAGACCUGGACACCUGGAACUGUCUCCAAGAUACACCAAGGUAAAAACCUACAUAAAUAUGCACUGAAUACUUACAAUACAUGGAAAAGAACUAGGAGACUGGGGAGAGGGGCCUCCUUUCUACUAUCUACCCUUAGUUUUUGAUAAGUAGUGUAUUUACAUAUUAAAAUGUAUACUAGUUUUUUAAAAUACAUAAUAGGAAUGGGCC